AUGAAAGGAAGAAGAAAAUCCUUACACUAUGAGAAUGCUUUCAUUCGCUUCUUUGUCAACAAGGCUCCAGCACUUCCAAUGUUGAUACCGAUGCUGAGUCCUUGCUUCGGAAUUCUGUUCUCGCCGCCCUUGCUGGCGUCCGGAGCCAACACGUCGACUAUUGCAAUCAUCUUCAACACGUUCAUGGUGAUGUGGAAGGUCACCGGAACUUUAGUAGGAUCUCUAGUGAAAGAAUUCGGAUAUCGCAAAGUCGCUAUGACAGGAAAUCUGAUCGUGGCUUGCUCGAUGGUCGCCUGUGCCUUUUCCACGUCGCCAAGAUAUAUUCUCAUUUUCUUUUCGCUGUGCUGUGGAUUUGGAGCAGGGCUGUCCAGCGCUCGUUUCCUCAUCUUGGCUCAGUACUUUGAUAAGCGCCGUGGGCUCGCCAACGCUUGUUUGACGGCCGGUGUUGGCGUCGGCUACUUCCUCAACCCACUCUUCAUACGCUUCUUGCAAGAUGAAUACAGCUACAAAGGCGCCACUCUAAUCAUCGGGGCUUUCAUUCUCCAUGGCUUCGCUGCGGCUUCACUCUACCAUCCCGUCGAGUGGCACUUGAAGGCUGUGCAAGAUAAAGGCACAGAAAAAGGCGAGGAGCCUCUGAUGUCUGCCAGUGCAAGCGAAGAAAAUAGCGAUUUAGAGGAGGUUCACCUUAAAAAUGUUGAAAACGAAGAGCUUCCUAGACUACAGACACCGACUGAGUUGCGCUUGAAGUACAGAGAGCGACACGACAGUCUGAAUUCCCAGACCUCCGACGACUCGGUCAGAUACAAGUCGCAGGCGCUUACUCUCUCAGCCCUGGACCUCUGCAGUGUCGCGUCUUUGCCCAUUCCUCAAGCCGAAGAACAGACAGAUAAAAACUCGCGGCCAGAUUCGGAAUCGCGCAUUUGUGCCGUGUACCACACAAUCAGUCGGGUUCUGCGUUCUGUCGUCAAGGACAUUAGCAUCUUAAGGUCACCCGUAGCAGUGAUCAUUGGCCUGUCGGCGACCUUUUGCGCGAGCGGACACACCAACUUUACCAUGGUGGUUCCUUUUGCACUCCAGGCGGUGGGCCACUCCCCGGAGACGGCUGCCUGGAGCAUUUCCACGGCGGGAAUCGUCAACCUGGUGGUGAGGACGAGCGUCUCGGUGAUGUCGGACAAGAAAUGGUUCAAUAUGCGGCUCUGGUAUAUGGUUAGCAUCGCUAACCUUGCGCUUUCCAUUUUCUUGUUCACCUUCAUGACGGACUUCGUCGGCAUAACGGUCGUGAUGUCACUGAUGGGCUUCGGCGUCGGAGGCUUCCAGGGCAUGCACAACCUGCUGAUGGCGAGGACGAUCGGUCUGGAGAGACUCACCUCCAUGUUCAGCACGACGAGCCUCUUGGUUGGAAUUGGCUCCAUGUCCAUCGGACCUUUUGUAGGCUGGAUUCGUGAUAUCACCGGCAGCUACGAGAUCAGCAUGAGAGUGUUGAGCUGCAUCAUCUUCAGCAGUUUCUUACUGUGGCUCCUCAUGCCUGCCGCCCAAGCCUGCGAGAAGCGCAGGAAGGAAUGGCAGCCUGACGGACCAAAGAGUCCAUUAUAACCUUUAGCGUCUUCAGAAAUGAGAACAUUCUGAUUGUUUUCGUUGCAUAUGUGAGGGAACAUUCAAUGUACAACAGUGUA